UGCCUGAAACAGCAUUGUUUUGCUUGACGAAAGAAACAUGAGAAUGUUGUAAUUUAACCGAGAAAUUAAAGCGAAAAUUUGAAAUAAUCAAUUUUCACACAAUAAAUAUUAAUAAUUAGAAAUGUUUCUACAAAAAUUGAGCAGGCAACUGUUGACAGCCAAUACUGUAUUAAAUGUGAACACAUUACGAUGUCUGAAUUAUGGUCUGAACACUGCACUGGGAAAGACCGAAACUGAAAUCAUUGAAAAAUGGAAACAAAAAUUUGCGAAAGAAAACAUUGACGAAAUUGAAUCUUCCAUCAAACACAUUCUUCAUCAUGUAAUUGAUAAAAGAGAGACCUUGACUGAUAAAAAGGAUGACCAACAAAUCAUACUGACAAAAGAGCAAAUAAAUCGAUUUGAACAAUUGUGCGAGUGUCGUAUGGCACGAAUGCCAGUUCAAUACAUUAUAGGCGAGUGGGACUUUUGUGAUUUGGUUCUGAAAAUGGUGCCGCCAGUAUUCAUACCAAGGCCAGAGACUGAAGAACUGGUCGAAUUGAUUUUGCAGCAAUGCGACGACAAACUUACGAUGAGAUUCCUUGAAGUUGGGUGCGGAUCUGGUGCUAUUUCUCUAUCAUUACUUCACUCACUCCCCAAGGCACAAUCCAUUGCGAUUGAUCAAAGCGAAUAUGCAUGCAAAUUAACACUCGAGAACGCAAAAAAUUUACAACUUAACAAUCGCAUCAAAGUUAUCAAACACAAAUUGACAAACGAAAGUGAAUUACCGAUGAUUGAAGGAAAACUCGAUUUAAUCGUAUCGAAUCCACCAUACGUUCUAACGCAUGACCUAAAAAAAUUGGAACCAGAAAUUUCUUUGUACGAAGACCUACGGGCACUUGAUGGUGGACCUGAUGGUCUGAACAUUAUCCGAAGCAUUUUAACAUUUGCAUCCAAACGACUUAAGCUUCAAGGGCAUCUGUGGCUGGAAGUGGACCCAUCGCAUCCAUCAUUGAUUGAAGAAUAUCUGCAAGAAAAUAAAUCUGACUUGAAUCUAAAAUUUGUUGCAUGUUACAAAGAUAUGUAUGGAAAAGAGCGAUUCGUGGAAAUUAUGAAAAUUUAGAACAAAAACUUGAAGAAAAAACAACAACAAUAGCAAUCUUCAUAUAAUUGUUCUGUUCUAGAAAAAAAAAUAAACAGUUAAAUCCAA